AUGUCGAAGUGGAUAGGCAAAGUUUUGUUUAUUCUCAUCUCAUUAUUUAUAAAUUCAGCGUUCCUUGGUGUUAUUGAUAACUCAAUCGAGCGUUUUUCAUAUCAAACGGACUCAGAAGAUGUGGUGUGUCAUUUGCCUGAUAAUUUAGUAAAGGAAAUUGCCGGCUAUCAACCUAUAGUCAAUAAAAUAAUCAAUGAAAUUACAAAUGGACGUUUUAAAGGUAGAACUUGGGACUCAUUAGCUGAAUUAACCGAUUUAUUUGGUCCACGUAUGGUAUGUACGGAUGCACUAGAACAAGCUAUUGAUUAUGUUGUUGAAUCGAUGAAAAAAGGUGGACUUGAUAAUGUCCACAAUGAAAAUGUAUCAGCACCAAAUUGGGUGAGAGGAUUUGAAAGUGCACAGCUUGUAAGGCCAUGGAAGAAGAAUAUGAAACUAUUAGGAUUGGGUAGUACAAUUGGAACGAUACGUGGUGGAAUCAUUGCUGAUGUUAUUGCUGUCGAAUCUUUUGAUGAAUUUAAUAAAAUUCCUGAUGAUCAAGUUAAAGGAAAAAUCGUUGUCUUCGUACCAAAAUGGGAAGGAUAUGAGAAGACAGUUGUUUAUCGUGGAAAUGCAGCAAGUAAAGCAUCAGCUAAAGGAGCUGUAGCAGCAUUAGUGAGAUCAAUUACUCCAUUCUCAAUUGGAUCGCCUCAUACUGGACAUCAAAGCUAUGCUGAUGGAAUUAAGCAAAUUCCCGUGGCUGCAAUUACAGUUGAAGAUGCCGAAAUGAUUUUGAGGAUGUACAGAAGAGGACAGCCAAUAACAAUCCAUUUAGAAAUGUCUGAUUUUAUUAAGCCAAACUGUAUUUCAAGGAAUACAAUUGGAGAAUUGCAAGGAACUAGUAAAUAUAAGGAUAAGUCUGUUGUUGUUGUCAGUGGACAUUUAGACUCAUGGGAUGUUGGUGUUGGAGCUAUGGAUGAUGGUGGCGGAAGUAUGAUUUCAUGGAAGGCUAUUGAAUUUUUAAGAGCUAUGAAUCUCCGUCCAAAAAGAACGAUAAGAGCAAUUUUAUGGACUAGUGAGGAACAAGGAAUGGUUGGUGCUGAACAGUAUAUGGAAGCUCAUAAAGCAACAGAAGCAGAUGAAUUCAAUUUCUUUAUGGAAUCAGAUAUUGGAACUUUCGAGCCACAAGGCUUAGAUUUUAGUGGAAAUGCUGACGCAUCGUGUAUUUUAAAGGAAAUAUUGAAAUUAAUGACAUCAAUCAAUGCCACGCAAUAUAGAGAACCAACUGAUGGCGGACCUGACAUUUCAUGGUGGACAGUUCGUGGAUUUCCAUCAGCUUCUCUAAUCAAUAAAAAUGAGAAAUACUUUUGGUUCCAUCAUUCAGACGGAGAUACAAUGGCUGUAGAAGAUAAAGAUGUGCUAGACAAAUGUACAGCUUUGUGGGCAGCGGCAUCUUAUGUGAUUGCUGAUUUGAGUAUCAACAUGCCAAAAAACUUGGUCACUAAUUAA